AUGGCAUGGCAACGAUGCAGGAAGCAGAAUAUGCAAACGCCAGCCAGGACAAAGACAAAUUCUGAACGCGGCCCACGCUUGAUCGGGGACAAUGCCACAUACAAAGCUACGGCAGCCCUGGCUGGCCACAGCGAUGCAAAUGCGGCCGACGCUGAGACAGUCCCAUCGACGCACGGAGACAACCAAUUAGAAAGCAUGGAACGCACACGCGGAUGGCUUUGGUCUUUACAAGGCUGGAACAUAUCGCCACCAUUAACAUGGAGCGACACAGAACGAGGCGGAGGCCAAAGCUCUGAGAAAUACCCACGGAUGUCGAAGUCCCAGAUCAUCCGCGAUCCUGAGCCAUCGAUUGCCCAGUCCCCGACCGAUGAAUAUGACCGUCGCCUGCUCGCAGGCGACGUAUCUACCCGCCAUAACAAUGGCCUUCGCCAACACUUCGACCUCAUUCCUGCCUCCUCCCAUUCGCCAUCCGCACAUCCGCCAUCCGUACGCCAGUCACUUUCAGCCUCCACGUCGACCUUCAUGUCGGCACCAUUCCCAAUCAGUGGUUUGCGGUUCACGGCGCCAUCUAGUCCAAUUAUCCAGAAUACGGGAUACGAGAAAUACGGGGCCGGGGAUGAGGGUAGAUGA